AAGGAGAGUGGGCUGAUCCAAAUUGGAACUGCCAUCAUCAGUGAUUCAUAAGUGUUGUCGAAUACAAGGUUUCAUGUUACUGUGUAGCCUGUAUGAUCCUCUUCCCCUCUCCGCUUCCGGUCACCGGUUAUCAUCAUCCUCUCUUCAACAAGAUUAGGAGCCUGAAAAGGCGAGAUCAGUAUACACAGAUCUGAAGAUUUGCAGAACUGGUUUAAAAUUGCUGUUUGUAAUAGAUGGCUUGUCAAAUGGGAUCUAUGAAUCUGCAGUGGAGAUUAUCAAUUACAGAGCAUGAAAGCUCUAAAAAACCAUAUACAGCCUUUUCAGCUUCAAGGGUUCAUGGUUGUUGCUGUGAGCCAAUUCUUAGUGGACUAACUUCUAAUGCUGGCGGGAAGUCUUCACAUUUUCCUCAGAGCGGUUUCCUGGGGAGAAAAGCUGUGUGGAAAAUAGCUUUUGCCUUGAACACAGGUGGAGUGCCUGGUAACGGUGAGCAACAAAGUCUCAACGAUACCAGUUCCAGUUUUGGCGGCACUCGAUUGGGUAGGAUACUGUCUGCAGGUGGCAGACAACUUCUAGAUAAGCUGAACUCUGCGAGGAAGAACGUCCCUAUGAAAAUAUUCCUGCUACUUUUGGGUUUCUACACGGCAAACGCACUAGCUACAAUCCUCGGGCAAACUGGUGAUUGGGAUGUUCUGGUUGCUGGUGUUGUGGUGGCUGCCAUUGAGGGAAUUGGUAUGCUACUAUAUCGAAAGCCACCUACAGUGAGGACCGGGAGGUUGCAGUCUUUUCUAUUGAUGUUGAACUACUGGAAAGCAGGCAUAUGCUUGGGACUCUUUGUAGAUGCUUUUAAGUUAGGAAGCUAAGGAAUCAUAAAACCUGUACCUCUUGGCCUCUCUUUGCAAUUUAUUAUUGUAUUUCAUAAAUCUAUGGUAAGCCACAAGUGUGAUGCUACUUUUCAUCUAUUGCUACCUUAGUUCUAUGGUGUGCAUGUAACUGUAAUAUAUGAAUAAUAUAUAUAACGAUUGCUUAAUAUAUUCCUGAAGGAGAAACUGUUGUUCUUCACACCUGAA